AUGGUUCAUGAAAUUAGUGAGAACGGGUAUCAAGAAAAGAAGCCAGAAGAGCUGGCUAAGGAAGAUGGUAAUCAAUCAUCUCAAGAGGAACAACCUGCUUCAUUGGAGGAGGUACCUGAAAAAGAGGAAGCUGAGCAACUCACCUCAGAGCCUCAUGAAGCAGGUGAUGCUCAGGAUUCUGCUGCUGAAAUCUCUCAGGAGGACAAAACUCAAGAACUCUCCAAGGAAGAAAGUCAACCUCCAGAAGUGGAGGCUGCACUGCCACUGCAGGAGAAUGCUUCGAAUGCUGAGCAAGAUCAACCUUCAUCUGGGGCCGAAACAACAACAUACAGAAUGGAAGUUCCUAACAGUAAGGUAGGUGUUCUCAUUGGCAAGGCUGGUGAUACAAUUAGAUACUUGCAGUACAAUUCUGGUGCGAAGAUUCAAAUCAUGAGGGAUGCAGAAGUUGAUCCCAAUUGUAUAACUAGACCUGUAGAAUUAAUUGGAACUUCGGAAAAUAUAAAGAAGGCAGAGGAGUUGAUUAAUGCUGUGAUUGCAGAGGCUGAUGCAGGUGGAUCUCCAUCCCUUAUAGCCAAAGGCCUUACUUCAUCGCAUUCUAUAGCAACUGCUGAACAGAUUCAGUUACAAGUUCCGAAUGAAAAGGUUGGUUUAAUUAUAGGAAAAGGUGGGGAGACUAUUAAAAGUCUGCAGACCAGAUCUGGGGCACGUAUACAGUUGAUACCCCAAAAUCUUCCAGAAGGAGAUGUGUCCAAGGAAAAGACUAUUAGAGUAACUGGUGAUAGGAAGCAGAUUGAAAUUGCUACAAACAUGAUAAAGGAAGUUAUGAGUCAGACUGUGAGGCCUUCUCCACACUCCACUGGUUUUAACCAACAGGCUUACCGGCCCCGUGGACCUGGUGGCCCGACUCAAUGGGGUCAACGGGGUCCUCAUCCUUCACAUCCUCCAGCAUAUGAUUAUCCACACAGAGGACCUUAUCCAUCUCAUAAUACCCAGUAUCAGCAUCCUGCAUAUGGAAACUAUCCUCAGCAAAUGGGUGGCCCUCGAAGCAGCUACAGCUCUGGUUGGGAGCAAAGGGCACCCCGCAGCAUGCAGGGGCCACCGCCGCCAAGUUCAGGUGGUUACGACUACUAUGGUGGAAGAAGCCACGUUUCAGAUGCGCCACCUUCUCAUUUUCCUGGUGCUAUGCCGGCACAUGCUCCUGGCCCUUCUCCUGCCCCGGCUCUCGGUCCACCACAAACUCAGUCCAGUUACAACUAUAGCCAGCAGCAAAGUCAAGGUUAUGGACAUGCUGCGCCUUUUUCUCAGGCAGCUCCACAUCAGAGCUACGGUCAUGGAUAUGAACAGAAAUACGACCAUCAUGCUCCUGUGCAGAAUCCAUACGGUGGACACGGGAACGCUCAACAACUUUAUCCGCAGGCUGGUGCACAACAGGCUUACCCUGGACAACAACAGUAUGAUAAUAAGCCUCCAUCAUAUGGUGUUCCAGCCCAAGGACCACCUCCCCAGUCUUAUGGCGCUCCGAGGGUUGGUCAGCCCGCAGAGCCUUAUCAAGGUGGCUCUGCCCCAGCUUCAUAUGGACAAAAUAUGCAACCUCAACAGACAUAUCCCUACCCAACUGGUGGUUCGACCCAGCAGUAUCCUUCCUAUGGCACCGUACCAAACACGGAUGGUUACAAUCAGGUGCCUGCUGCUUCGGCUGCUGCCAGUUACUCACAGCAGGGUGCCCAAGCAGGUUAUGGUCAACCUGGUGUGCAGCAACCGUCUGCCUACGGCCAACAAGUAGCUCCUGCUGCAGCAUACGCGCAGUAUCCGACCUCCCAGCAGGGUUAUCCAGAGCAGGCUGCUGGAUAUGCGACAUACCAAGCGCCACAAGAUCCCACAGCUUAUAGUGCUGCCACAACAGCUGCUUCAGCAGCUUAUACUGCUCCAGCCAGUGGGCAGCCCGGUUAUACUCAACAGGCCGUGAGUCAGCCAAACUACGAUCAGUCAAUUCCACAAUCGGGCGGGUAUGGAACCGUGCCUUCAAGUGCUCCGGUAGGCUAUGGGAAGAGUGUGUGACCGCAGCUGCAGCCUUGGGUAUACGCAGUACGAUUCUACUCAAGUCUAGUCGAAAAUUUUGAUAAAUUUAGCUUUAGGAUCGUUGGCUGUGUAAGCAUAGUAGGAUGUUCAAUACGCCGUGUAGGGAACAUUGGCUGUUGUAUUUGCAUUGAGAUAAUAUCGACCAGGUCAUUAAAAGCAUUCAGCUUAUAGGAUUAUGAAGUCAAGACUCUUUCAUUGAUGGAUAAAUUGGAAUGCUCAUCAUCAUUUCAACGGUGUUAAUUGAUGUUUGGAAGGCUGAUAUUGAUUCAUCCCAUCCCUUCUUCAUCGCA